AUGACCCAACAGUCAACUUCUAUAUCUGUCGACAUCCCGUCCACUGGAGAAAGUCACACUCUUCACUCUGAGCUGUUAGAACCAUCACUGCCGCAAGGCUUGAGUUCCCAGCAAUCACAGCAAACGAUCAGCAUCGAUGUAUCUCCAAACAAAGGCAAAACGAAUGAGCAAGCGGUCGCCAGCAUCGCUCCCACACUGCAGGGCCAGGAGGUCGCCAGCAUCGCUCCCACGCCUCUGGGCCAGGAGGUCGCCAGCAUCGCUCCCAAGCCUCUGGGCCAGGAGGUCGCCAGCAUCGCUCCCAAGCCUCAGGACCAGGAGGUCGCCAGCAUCGCUCCCACACUGCAGGGCCAGGAGGUCGCCAGCAUCGCUCCCACACUGCAGGGCCAGGAGGUCGCCAGCAUCGCUCCCACGCCUCUGGGCCAGGAGGUCGCCAGCAUCGCUCCCAAGCCUCAGGACCAGGAGGUCGCCAGCAUCGCUCCCACGCCUCUGGGCCAGGAGGUCGCCAGCAUCGCUCCCACACUGCAGGGCCAGGAGGUCGCCAGCAUCGCUCCCACACUGCAGGGCCAGGAGGUCGCCAGCAUCGCUCCCACGCCUCAGGACCAGGAGGUCGCCAGCAUCGCUCCCACACUGCAGGGCCAGGAGGUCGCCAGCAUCGCUCCCAAGCCUCAGGGCCAGGAGGUCGCCAGCAUCGCUCCCAAGCCUCAGGACCAGGAGGUCGCCAGCAUCGCUCCCACACUGCAGGGCCAGGAGGUCGCC